GCACGGCAUAACGGGUAGUGUGUAACCAAUGACGUGGCACAUUUCUAUUGGCUUCCGAUAUUUUGUGUUUGCAGGAGAUACCGGCGUGAAGUUAUUCUCUUUUGGUUAUCCUCAUACACUCGGAUUUACCAAGCCAAAACCCUAAAACAAACCUUUCAUCAAAGCUCCGUCGAUCCAUGGCUUCCAGUUCAGUGCUUCUCAUUGUAUCUCUCCUCCUCCUCCUUUCUCCCUUCUCUCUCUCCUCCCUCUUCCCCUCUCAUCCCAUCCUCAAAGCCUAUGAUAUUCUCUCCGAUUCCGGCUACGCAUUAAUGGCUGGAAUAACUGUGGAGCUCGCCUCCCGAAGCCUUGUUCCACAGUCUCCCUCUCUCACCAUCUUUGCCCCCUCUGACUCUGCGUUCAUUCCCUUGGAUCAUCUCCCGCUGUCUCUCGUCCAAUACCACCUCCUUCCCCUCGCGUUCUCUUUCCAGAGCCUCAAAUCCCUCCCUUACGGAGCCAAGAUCUCCACGCUGCUCUCGGGACACCCGCUGAUAGUCACCACAUCACUGGAAGAUUACCGACUUUCCUUAAACAACGUCACCAUCCCCUGGUCUCCGAUAUACGUUGACGGGUCUUUGAUAAUCUUUGGGAUCGACAAGUUCUUUGACCCCAAUUUUCAGUUUUUGGACCCCUUCCCGAGCCAUAGCCCCAAUCUUGCGUGCCUCGCGUCCACCCCGAACGAUGCAGUGGUUUCUCUUUCGGGCGCCUAUACGUUCCAUGAAGCUUGUGCGACGCUAAGAUCCAAAGGAUGCUCUGUUAUGGCUUCGUUUCUUGACAUGCAGUUUCUUGAGCGUCAAGAACGGACCGUGUUGACGGUCUUCGCUCCAGUUGAUGGAGUGAUAAAGAAUCGUUUUAGCAGUUUCAGUGACUUUUCUUCGUCGAUUUUUCAUCGACACAUUGUCCCGUGCAGGCUUUUGUGGGGUGAUCUGCUGAACAUGGAGGACGGUACGUUGCUACGGACUUAUUUGGAUGGUUUUACGAUCAAUGUCACCGGGUCCCAUGACGUACUGGUGCUCAACGAUGUUCCGGUUAUCUAUCCUGACAUGUACGUCUGCGAUUGGCUGGUUGUUCAUGGCAUUCGUGACAUUCUUGAGGCGCCGAAGCAGAAGGAGGAAGCGCUAGGACCUCCAGCUGAGGUUCCAAAGCAAACAGAGAAAGAGCCCGAAUCGUCACCGGAGAUGCCAAAUCAGACAGAGCAACUUGCGGAUUAUUCAUAUCGAGCAGUAGCAGAUUAUUCAUUUCAGGCGCCAGAGAAAACAGCACAACUAAAUUCUUCAUCUGAAGAAGGUACCAGUGCUGAGAAGAAUGCCAUGGGACAUUACCACUUUUCUACCUUCCGUUAGGACACUUCGCGCGUUUGUUUUGUAAAGAUUGGUAUGGUGACCAUAGCCAUAGCUCGUCUGAUUCAACGUCUCAGUCUAGGAACAUGCAUUAAUAUAACACUUACUCUGUUUUUUGCUGUAUUGAGGGGGCGGUGUGUGAGAUGUUUGGUUUACUGGACUUGGCCUAUUUUCUGUACGUCACAUGUAAAUCAACGGGUCCUGAUUAGAAAAGCAUGAAAACAUGCUUUUUAAGCUCGUUUCA